UCCCGCCGCUUUAAAAUAAUGUAAGUCUCCAGGGCUACCGCUGUUACUGCUACCACCUGCUGGGCAAUCUGGGAAGCGCUGUGACAGCAAAAAUCGGAGGAUUUAUUUGGGCUCGGGGGUUGCAUAGUCAGCCAGCACCGAUUUCAACAAGUUCAUGGUGGUCUCAGGGUGAGAUGGACUAACCUGGGAUUGAAGAGGAUGCUGUCGCCGACGAGUGGAGUCCACGACGACCUCGAAGAGGCCGUCGACCCCCGAGUCCAAGUUGAGCUGGAAACACUUAAUUCGGCCACUGAUGACAUCAACAAGCUGGAAGUCGACCUUGAUGAAGCAAGGGCCGCAUUCCGGCAGUUAUUAAUGGAGUCCACUCGCCGCAUUGACGAGCUGGCCAGGAAGCUGGGCUCCUGCAUUGAGAGGGCUCGGCCGUACUACGAAGCCCGACUGAGAGCAAAAGAGGCCCUGCAUGAGGCCCAAGCAGCUGCCGUCCGUUUCGAAAGAGCCAACUCGGCCCACGCUGCAGCUAAAGAAAUGGUCUUUCUCGCUGAAGAAGGUCUCAAAAGUUAUUUGCUGCAGCCUGAAGGUCGGACGUUCGACCACGCUUGGCAAGAGAUGCUGAAUCACGCGACAAUGCGGGUCAACGAGAGCGAGCGAGAGCGCACCCUGGGCGAGGCAGAGCACCGUCGGACCUCUCUCAAAUACCAAGAGGCGGAGCAGCGCGUCCAGUACCUGCAGAAAGAGCUCAAGAGGCCAAUCGCCAAGUCCAGGCCCUAUUUCGAGCUGAAAGCACAAACCAACCUUGCCUUGGAAACGCAAAAGGCACGAGUCAAGGAUUUGGAAAAUCAGGUGUCGCAGUCGAAAUUGUGCUAUUCCAAAGCGCUGGGCAACCUUGAGAAGAUCAGCGAUGAGAUCCAUCAAACACGUCGGCUGUCGCAGUGCAAGGGCGAGCGAGGCCCUGGCGUUGGUGCUGAGAGCUCCUGUCCUUCCACACCUGCCAAGAACACCACGCGGAAAGCUGACGAUAUUCAAGGAAUAUCCGCUUUAAAUGAACCUCCAGCCUCGUCAAUCAUGCAACCGGUUCCAGCGGACGAAGCUGCACUGCUAGAGAAAACUGUGAUUGAAGACCCAAAGGGGAAGAAUUAUCGAAGCAACCAAGAAUCGUCUGAGAGGGUGCGUGACCUGUUGAGCCAGGGCAUGAUGAUGCUCAACAUAUCCGCGGUGAAUCUGAACGCACCUAACUCGCCAGCCCAUGGCACUCCAGGCCGACGGCGAAGCUCGAGCUCAAGACCGUGCAGCAAGGUGCCUUCACCACUUGAGAAGUCUCUGCUCUAUCUUGGCGACGAAGAUAGCGCCUCUGAUAGCGAAAGUCUUGCCAGCGUUGAGAUGCUCUCUGACGACCAAGUGGUGAGUUUGAUGAUGGACGAGCUGGAUGAAGACCCUCUACUUGGGCUGCCGGUGAGUCAGAGUGUACUCGCCAGCAGCAGGCCGCCCUCUUCUCUCACUAUCAGCCGGCCAACCUGAUCUCCCUGUACCGAACUGAUUAAUAUUUUAUUAUAUCUUGGCAUUAUAGCAACACUCGCCUCCUCUAGUCCUUGCAAGCAGAUACAAAAUAGAUGACAUAGCCAAAACUGUAAGCGAAUAUUAAAUAAACGGUGGAUGAUCGUGCAGGAGGAAUAAAGCAUCAAGGUGAUCAUUUUGUUGAGUUUACUGUUAUAUCCGUUUGAUGGUCAAACGCGCAAUAAAAUUAUCUUCAAAUGUGUACUGAUUAUGUUACAAAA